CAGGGCAUGGGAUUAAGGUAUCGGGGACCACAAGACUCUGGAAACCCAGGGCUGAGGUGAUGGGCAGGGUUUGGAGGCCGAAGGACAAGUCUGGGGGUCACAAGAGACAGGAUGCUGCCAGCAGAGGGCGUCCAUCUUGGCUGAGGGAAGUCAGCGAUGGACCGAGCAGGAAGACCCCCAGGAGGUGGAACCCCAGCUGGUAGAGCUGCCCUGCCUCCUGCUCUGCACCCGCCUCCCCCGUAGGCCCCCAAGCAAGAGGCCAGCUCCCAAGGUCCUUUUCAGCCUCCUAAGAGGAAAUCAGUGGAAGAAAAGUCCCUUUGACCCUCUGGCCUUCCUCUUACUCCUCCAUCCUGGGAAUGGCUGGGCACCUGAUAGGGAAUCUGAUGAUCCAAAGUGAAAAGCCCAGAAACCCUGCUAUUCUGGUUGUGAGGCCCCAGCUCUGGUCCCACUUCUGCAAGACAUACCCGCCCAUGUGUGCCAGAUUGUGAUGCCUUCGGACAAGUUGCAAGUGCCAAUUCAGCUUCCUGCCACACUCCACUUCUGAGAAGUGACUCUUGCCUUUUCAGUGACCCCAAAGUUCGAGAUAGGUGGGACUUGGCUCUUCGGCCAUGGGCAAGCAGAACAGCAAGCUGCGGCCGGAGAUGCUGCAGGACCUGCGGGAGAACACGGAGUUCUCCGAGCUGGAGCUGCAGGAGUGGUACAAGGGCUUCCUCAAGGACUGCCCCACGGGAAUCCUCAACGUGGACGAGUUCAAGAAGAUCUAUGCCAACUUCUUUCCCUACGGCGACGCCUCCAAGUUUGCCGAGCAUGUCUUCCGCACCUUCGACACCAACAGCGACGGCACCAUCGACUUCCGGGAGUUCAUCAUUGCGCUGAGCGUGACCUCGAGGGGCCGCCUGGAGCAGAAGCUCAUGUGGGCCUUCAGCAUGUACGACCUGGAUGGCAACGGCUACAUCAGCCGGGAGGAGAUGCUGGAGAUCGUGCAGGCCAUCUAUAAAAUGGUUUCGUCCGUGAUGAAGAUGCCGGAGGACGAAUCGACCCCGGAAAAGAGGACUGAGAAAAUCUUCCGCCAAAUGGACACAAACAACGACGGCAAGCUGUCCCUGGAGGAGUUCAUCCGCGGGGCCAAAAGCGACCCGUCCAUCGUGCGCCUGCUGCAGUGCGACCCCAGCAGCGCCUCCCAGUUCUGAGCGACAGGAGCCAGGCCCCUUCUCCUCCCUGCCUUCACCGGCCCCAUCCCGGCUCUCAGCUUCCUCUCCCUUGUGUCUAUCCAGGCUGGGGGCCAGACUGGGGACCCCCGCCCCGGGUCUGCACUGUGGGGGGCCUCUGGAAAAGGGAACCCUGUGAGUAAGGGGCCCAAGCAAGCAAGCCGUUAGCAUUCCCCCGUCCAAGAAAUAGCUCCCUUUGGCAAUGACCGAGAUACCUUCUCUGGCUUGGUCUGCCCCUCAGGGUCAGCCCGCACUUAGCCAGACGGACCCACCAUCUCCCACCCUCCCACGUCCCUGAGGCCAGGCCCCUCCAGACCUGGGAAGGGCUCCCCCUCUCGUAGGUCUCAGCCUGGGCGGAGGUCGGGGGUCAAGCCCAGGUGAGGAGCCUGUCUAUUCGUUUGGAGGGGAGAGAAGGAUUCCAGGGCUGUAGAAAGAGUUCAGGAUUGCGGGGGUUUGAGGAAGAAGAUUCUUUCAGUUGCUCUGCCCUGUAGGGGGGCCCCAGCCCUUCCUGCCCAGCUCUUGAACACCUCCCAGGAUUCCAGCUGCAGCUGUGGUCCCAUGAACCCUGACUACCUUUGAGCCCUUGGAUGGACACCAGACACGCAGGCCACAGAUCCAUCCUUCUGUAUUCUCUCUCUCUCUCUUUUUUUCACACACACACACAUACACACACACACAUAUAUACACACACACACACAGGCAGAGUCCUUUCACAGUGUCCUGCGUGGGAAAGAAGCACAGGCCCCCUGGCUGACCCCUGUCCCCUCCUGCAUGCAGCCACACGGAGCAUCUCUGUUCUUUUUAAUAACUUCAGAAUAAAGUCUCGUUUCAGUGCAAUGGGUUGGAUGGCCAGGGCAGGAGGUGGAAGCCCUCUCCGUCGUCCCCAAGGGUGGGCUCUGGGAAUCCUGGAGCCCUCUGGGCCUUGAUGGCCAUCUGGGCACUGGCCACAGCUCAGGCUUGGUUGCAGGCCCCCAGUGGCCGUGGGACUCCAGCGAGGCAUCGGCUCUCAGAGGGUCAGGGGCACAGAGCUGGUGCAGCUCAGCAGGUCGUGGCCCUCCAUGGGCUCAAGGCUCUAUGGAGACACAGGUUACUGGUG